AUGGCAUCCCGCCCUCCCUACAUGAAUGCAGAGGAGAUAGAAGAGCAUAUGAAGCUGGUAAAAGCUGACACCAAUUCUUUGACAUACGACAACACCCGCUUGGAGGAGGAGGUCAUAACGGCACCUUUAUUCUCCCUUUCAGCAUGUGAGGCUCUAGAUACCCAGCGUCUGAAUAACGAUAAAAAUCCCAACGGGGAGCGAACUUACCCCCAGUAUGGACUUCUGGGUCUCCGCAAACGACCUGCUGGCAACGCACCGGCACAAGGUGAUCUUGUGUAUGCCAACGUGUCGGCACCAUGGUCUACCUUCAUCUGUGGCAGUCAAGGAAGUGGCAAGAGUUACACACUGUCUUGCCUGCUAGAAAGCUCAUUGGUUGAAUCCUCCCCUGCCGGCAAGCUAUCCUCACCUCUAGCCGGACUAGUGAUUCACUAUGAUAAGUUCACGACCUUCUCCAGCACGCAGCUGUGCGAAGCGGCGUAUCUGUACUCCUCAGGCAUUCCCGUGCGGGUGCUGGUGUCCCCCACCAACUACAUUGCCAUGAAAGCGGCGUACACGAAACUGGCAGGCGGUUCAAGAAUGCUGAAGGUUCAGCCAUUGUAUCUGCCGCAGAAGGAUCUCAACAUUAGCAUGAUGAAGACUCUUAUGGGCAUCGGCAACAGAGCCGAGCAGCCCCUUUACAUGGAGGUCGUUAUGAAGAUUCUUCGCGACAUGGCUAUCGCCAACCAGGGUAGAGCUGGAUUUGACUACAGCGCAUUCAAACAUCUUCUUCAGCGCGAGCAGUUCGUGAAAGGCCAGAUGAUGCCUCUUAAUAUGCGCUUGGAUGUUCUCGAAUCGUUCUUUGAGCCUGGAUCUGUGCCUGGCGCAAGUCUGGAUAAGUCCAAGCACCCUAAUGUUGACGAUACCUGGAGGUUUUCUCCAGGCACGUUGACAAUCAUCGAUCUUAGCUGCCCAUUCGUUGGCCAAGAUGAUGCCUGUGCUCUAUUCAACAUUGCGGUUUCAUUGUUUUUGAAAAACCGUCACGACACGGGCCGCAUCAUUGCUCUCGAUGAGGCCCAUAAGUUUAUGACUUCGACCUCAGCAGAGGCCUCAGAUUUGACAGAGACACUGCUCUCCGUCGUCCGCCAGCAGCGGCAUCUGGCCGCGCGAGUGAUAAUAGCCACACAGGAGCCGACUCUUGCGCCGUCACUUCUCGAGCUCUGCAAUGUAACUAUUAUCCAUCGCUUCUCAUCUCCAGCUUGGUUCAAGGCUAUCAAGUCACACAUUGCGGGAGGUGGAAGUGAAGACCUUGAUGGAAAGACGGCGGCCUCGUCAACCAUCUUUCAGAAAAUUGUCCGUCUGCCAACUGGUGAGGCAUUGGUGUUCUGUCCAACGGCCCUGGUAGACAUCAAGAAGCAGGAGAAUCAGCAGGAUCAGGGGUUCUCGAGUGAUAUCUCAUCCUGCGAGUCAGAUACUUCUGAGAGCCCGGACUCUCAGACUGCGACACCCGACUCAGACCGUCAAGAUGAGCCUAUUCCGCAUCGUGUCAUUCAACUUGGAACUGCCUACGCCCACAUUCGAGUGCGGAACAGGGUCACUAUCGAUGGUGGUCGUAGCGUGCUUGAACGUUAA